AUGACCAGUCUUAUAACGUUUGGCUAUCCCAGCGAUACUGUUGUCUUGGCAUAUCGUCAUCGAGAGCUGUGCUCAAACAAGGAUAUUAAGAGAGACCCGCUGAAUAUCAGGAUACCUUGCACCGACAUCCCGAAAACUCAACAAAGUCGUCAGUGUCUGGACGAUAUGCGUUGUACGCCAUAUGUCAAUGUUCUUGAUACUCAUGAGUGUCAUCCAUCAGUAACAAUAUUCAAUACAAUUCUUCUUCGCAAAAAUAAUAUUUACUCUGCACAUGCCCUCUGUUACAACCUGUCCAAGGCACCGAGUGAGUUGCAGUAA